AUGGCACCAGAUCCAACAAAUUCUAAACAUUUAAUCAAGGAACUGGAAAAAUACACGUCGUGUGAUGUUGCCGAUGCUCUCUCGAAACUUGGUUAUGCCCAUGGUGGCUUCCUUAGUGAUUUAACAAUGUAUUCUCCAACUAUGCAAAGUGGCAAAACAAAGAUAAUUGGCGAGGCCUACACUGUACGAUUUGCAGCUGUUAAUCAUAGAAACGACCCUCGUCCGCCAAACCAUUUUAUAGAUACUGUUCCAAAGGAUGCUAUUCUGUUCAUAUCAGUACCCGCGCAUUUAAUCAACAGUGUCUAUGGCGGAUUAAUGUCAAUGCGGGCGCAACUUUUGGGAGCAAAGGGUACAAUUGUCGACGGUCGCGUCCGCGACUUACAAGAGCAUCGUGAUCUUGACUACCCUGUCUUUGCACGAGGGAUCGGUACAAAUGCAGCGGCAGAAGUCUGCUUUCCAUCUCAGAUCAAUGUCCCCGUGCGCCUCAACAGCGCUGGACAAGAAGCGUGGAUUAGACCCGGGGACAUUCUCAUCGGAGAUCUCAAUGGUGUGGUCUGCAUACCAAAGGAAGCUGUGAAGAGCUGCCUCGAGAUUUUACCAGAUAUUGUCAAUGCUGAUACCAAAUGUGCUGAAGAUAUUCUCAAAGGCCAGUCAUUUGCUGAGGUUCUUCGAAAGCACAAAGGAAAGCUGUGA